AUGCUGCAUGUCACAUCGCUCUCCGGGGAGAAGUAUGCCGUGCCAGCGGAGGACCACGGCGAUGCGAGGGCGCUGAAGGCGUACUUCAGUCGUACUCACGGCUUUCCGCCUCGCUUUCAGCAGCGGCUGCUUCUCGACGGCAAUGAACUGGACGAUAGCACCGGGCUGGCAGCGUCCAUGGAGCUGACCCUGCUUCUGCUUCCUUUGAGCCGCACGCAACCAGACGAGCUCUACGCUGCCAUCGAUGAGGGAUCUGACGCCCAGGUGGAGACCCUGCUAAAGAUCCCCCAGGACCCAAAUCAAGCUAAUGAAGAUUCCAGGCUACCCCUUCACGUGGCAUCUGCUGCCGGGAAUGUUGACAUCGUACAAAUGCUGCUGGAGGCUCGUGCCAACACGAACUCUGCCAAUCCAGUGGGCUGCACAGCCCUCAUGUGGGCUUGCAGGACAGACUACGCAGAUGUGGGACGUCUGUUGCUGGAGGCAGGUGCUGACGUGGACUUGGUCGAUAUUGACGGCUACACCGCCUUGAUGCGCGCAUCCGCCGAAGGCCAUGCCAGCGUUGUGAAGUUGCUCUUAGAGGCUAGGGCCAGCACAAACACCGUCAGCGAGAACGGCUGCCCAGCCCUGAUGUUCGCAUCUGCACGUGGCCGGCCGGAAGUGACACGAUUGCUUUUGGAGGCUCAGGCCGACCCCAACUUUAUCACAAAGAAGGGUCUCAGAGGCUACACAUCUCUCAUGAAGGCAUCCGGUGCAGGCCACACUCAAGUGGUUCAGUUUCUCCUUGCAGGGCGAGCUGACCCGAAUCUCGUCGGCAACGUUGGCCUCACAGCUCUGAUUCAAGCGGCUGGCCAGGGCAGGGUCGAGGUGGUUCGCCUGCUCUUGGAGGCCAGGGCUGACGCAAACAUCUCGGACGAAUCUGGAAGCACAGCCCUUGAUGAUGCCAAAGACCAUAGGGAAGUUGUGGCCUUGCUCGAGCCCCACGUGGAACGGCGUCCAGGAAACACGAGAGAGCCUUCAGCCACCGGCAGCAGUUGCCAGGUGUCCUGA